GUCCUGGCGUCCAAGUAGACAGUUCUUCCAUCGUGCACAGACGGGGCAAUCGGGCUCAAUUGUGCAGGCAAGACCUAGUCAGAGGUCAUUUAAGACCCAGCAUCGCAUCUCGACAACUAGUAAUACGAAGCGCAAUUGCUGCGCCACCAAGUUAGACAUCCAAUGGGCGACACUCAGUUUGGCAAUUUUGAGGCUUUCUGCCGGGACUCGACACUACCAGUAUGCAAUCUGUUGUCCACAAAUCAUAACCAGACCGGUCCAUGGGGAGGGUGCGAGUUGACGGGCAUACCUUUGAGUGGUGGCAGGCAUUUGGGGAACCUAGGCUCUAUCAUACUCUGCGGCAUCGCCAUUGCAACUUCGAUUUUUCUUUUAUUGAGGUCCGAGAGGAAGAAAGCAGCCGUUGGUCGAAGGGAAAUGCAACUGUUCCUCUUAGGCUAUGUCAUCAUUGAAAUAUGUGAAAUUUUCUCGGUGGGAGGCUUCCCAUUAGACUCCAAAGUACGAGUUGCUUUCAGCGCUAUCCACAUCGGAAUGAUCAUCGCGACCACGUGGAUUCUAAUGAUUAACGCAGUCGUUGGGUUCCAGAUUAUUGACGACGGCACUCCCAUGUCAGUGGGAUUAAUGGUCAUCUCCGGCGCCGUUCUCCUCAUCGGCACUGGCUACAUCGCAUUGGAUACUGGUCUCCAGUUCACGUCGUACUGGAAUAGUAGCUACGAUACACCGAACCGGAACAUUGCCCUCUAUGUGCUGUACCAGCUCGUGCCCCUGAUCUUCCUGGUUGCCUUCUUUGUUCUCGAGACUAUCCUGGUUUUGAGGAUACUUGGUGAAGUGAGGCCAAUGGCAUAUCUGGCAGCCGCAGCUGUUUUGUUUGCCAUAGGCCAGGUCUUCAAUUACACCAUCAGCCCAUAUAUCUGCAACGGUACAAGCGGCAAGGUCGAUGGAGCCCUGUUCGAGACGCUCUUCACCCUGCUUUCCGUGGUCAUGAUUUGGGUCUUCUGGUCAAGCAUCACCGAGGAUGACUGGCCAAUUGCCACAGCCGGACCUGCAGGAUACCCCUGAUAGGGCUGCCAUAAUC